GUCGGCGGACGCCGUUGUUGUUUCGCAGUUUACGUUUCGCGCCCAUCGCCCGUCGUAUACCGCCACCACCGCCGGUAACCGUUUCCACCACUACCACCACUACCACCGCUACCACCGCCACGGACAGACCGCACGGCUGCAUUACAUACCCGCUGCCUACGUCGUCCGUCGCUGGCGUCCGCGGUUACCAACCACGACCGGUACGACGGCAAACGCGUUUACCUCCACCACCUCCGCCGCCGCACGUUAUUACAACGUUUUGGACGUAUUACAUUCGUUUCAAAGGCCCAGUCACGUUCAACCGUCGUCGCCGGACUGAUACCGCCGCCGCAGUGAUAACGCGAAAAGCCGUGUUUUCCACAUGACGACACGGUCAGUUUUCGUUUGAGAACGUUUCUUUCUUUUCUUUUUUUUUUUUACAUUUUUUUUUUUUUUAAUUUUACGUUUUGGCUAUUACCUUUUCUUUUUAUUUUCCCGCCCUCUAGUUUUUUCUACUCGUUUACUUAAUAAUAUCUAUUACUUUUAAUCGUUUCGUUUCGUUUUUUAUUACUGUUACUAAUUUCCUUAUUCGUUCAAUCAUCACUACCGUCCGCGUAGUACAUUAAAAAUAAUAAUAAUAAUAUAAUUGACGCACACACAUCAUAUUACUAUUAAACUACCCAAUUACAAAUUAUUAUUAUCGUCAUCAUACUUAACGGCUAAUCGGCCGACCGUUUACGAUGAGUGUCCCGAGCGGAUUAAUUCGAUUAAAAAAUUAAUUGUCGUUAAUUGCUUCUUUUUUUUUUGUUUGUCUUACACGUCGGAAUAAUUUAUAAUAUCUGCUACUAAUUUAUUAUAAUAAUAACGCCGUUGUCUUCAAAAGGACACAACAUUAUUAAGAAAUAAAUUACAAGACAACCGAAAUAAAAUUUUAAAAAAAUGCCACCCAUCAAAGGAACGUACGGAAGCUGAUCGCCGCCAGAUCGACGUCGAACACGGAUUAACCGCCGCACUAUUGUAACUAUUCUACAGGCGAGCGAUCGCUCUCGAUAACUGCACGCUCGCUUUUGACGACACCAACCGAAAAUGGCUUCCACGUCCGAUCCAGUCAGUUCUGCCGCUCCGUUUGGCGUACAGAUAUUGCAAAAGUUGUCCGGCAAAUAUGCGUCCAUGAACCAGGUGGCCGACCGCAAUAACCUAUAUAAGUACAGUGUUCUGGUGCUGACGUUCAUCACCUACGUGGCCUACCACGCGUCUCGGAAACCAAUUAGCGUUGUUAAAAUUGUUUUGUAUCAAAACUGUUCAGAAGUUACCCCGCCCAACGGUACGAAUACAAGUGACCCCGACUGGUGUAAUUGGUUACCAUUCAAUGAAAAAAAUCACACUGCUCUAUUUGGAACGUUGGAUUCAGCAUUUCUUUUUGCAUAUGCAAUUGCAAUGUUUUUCAGUGGUUUUAUUGGAGAACGGGUGAACAUACGAAUAUUCUUAACCAUCGGAAUGAUACUAUCUGGUAUUGCUUGCUCGAUGUUUGGAUUGGCCCACUACUAUGAUAUUCAUAGUAUGUGGUACUUUAUCGCCGUACAGAUAUUUGGCGGUAUCUUUCAAACUACUGGAUGGCCUGGAGUUGUUACAGCCAUGGGCAAUUGGUUUGGCAAAGGGAAUCGAGGAUUCAUCUUUGGAAUUUGGAAUUCACACACGUCGAUUGGAAACAUUGUUGGCACAUUACUAGCCAGCUUGUACGUCGAAUCCAAUUGGGGACUGUCGUUUAUCGUUCCGGGUGUCUUCAUUAUUUUCUGCGGACUCUUGAAUUAUUUGUUUCUCGUAGCUCAUCCAUCCGAUGUCAACUGUACACAUUUGAAAGAAAUAACUCAAAACGGCCGCAAGAAAAUACCCAGCACUCUCCCGCCACAAGAGGUGUCUCUAUCUCUUGGAGACAUUUCACCUAAGGAGUUGUCGUUGUUACCUUCUCACAAGGAUGAAAUCAAAGAGAGGACCGAAGGCAGUCCCAUCCUUUCGCCGUUGAACGGUUCGUCCAAAAGAGCCGUUGGUUUCAUCGGUGCCAUUAAGAUUCCUGGCGUGAUUGAAUUUUCCAUGUGUCUGUUCUUUGCCAAACUCGUCAGUUACACGUUCCUGUAUUGGUUACCAAAUUAUAUUAAGGCCUCGUCUACCUACAGUCCUUCUAUGAGCGCCGAUCUAUCGACCUUGUUUGACGUUGGCGGUAUUUUCGGUGGAAUAGCCGCCGGCAUUUUCAGCGACAAGUCCGGAAAGAGCGCCUGUACUUGUGCCGUUAUGUUAUUGAUGGCAAUACCAGCGUUGUACACAUACAAUUUAUUGUCAUCGUUGAACUUGUACACAAACAUCGCUCUGUUAUUGAUCGCCGGCGCACUAGUGAACGGACCGUAUGCUUUGAUCACGACGGCAGUGUCUGCAGAACUUGGAACCCAUAGCUCACUGAAGGGCAACGCCAAGGCAUUGUCCACAGUCACAUCGAUAAUCGACGGCACAGGAUCGAUAGGUGCGGCUGUGGGACCGUUGCUGGCCGCUUACAUAUCGAGCAUGUUCGGAUGGACAAGCGUGUUUUACAUGCUCAUGGGAUCGAACGUUUUUGCUAUACUCUUGCUGACACGUUUGGUCAAACGAGAAAUUCAAAACAUCGCCUAACUUCAUCUUCAAAGACAACACCACACAACUGAUAAGACUUACUCGAUGAAAACUAAAACCACACACAUUUAUGUAUAUGUAUUUAUAUAUAUUUGUAUAUAACAUACACCAGUUGGGUGUAUAUUAUAUUUAUUAUAUAUAUAUAUAUAUAUAAUAAUAUAUAUCUUUAUCUAUGUAGAUAGAUAUUUAUUUAAUAAAUAUAGUAGUUAGAACUUAAUUGUCAUUACUUAUAUAUAAUAUAUACACAUUAGAAGCACUUUUAAUCGAUUUAGGUUUUGGUCACUGUUCGAUGAUCGAUCGCGCGACGUUUUAUGUUUGCGAAUAAUAUUUAUUUAUAUUAAGCCAAAAUAUUAUGAUAAGUACUCCGUUCCAUUUUUAUUUUUAAUGUUUUUUUUUUUUUUUAUUGUAUAUUUUUAUUAUGACUUUUUUUUUGCUAUACGACAAUGUAUUGAUUUUCUUUUACGUUACUACUUUUUUUCCCCGCUAUCAAUAGUUAACAAUUUGAACAACAACAAACAAAAUUAUGUUUUUAUGUGUCAACGUACUUGACGGUUUUUUUUUUUUUAAAUUUGUAUUUAUUUAAGAAAGUAUCUGUGAUUUCGUGUAAACAUUAUGUAUACUGCUGCUCACUGAUAUGAAUCGGAUUUUUUUUUUUGACGGUUAUUAUUAUUAUUUAUCUACUCUGUAUCGAUGAAUUUAUUUAUAUACGACUAGAUUUUAAUAACAUAUUAUGAAGAAUAAAAAAUGAAAACACCACUAUAUUAUUUUCGAACUAAAUAAACUGUACAAUUUUUAUUUAUUA